AUGGACCAGAUGAGAAUGCAGAUCUUACAGUCUGUGCUUACAGUCCCAGCAGCUCUUAACACCUCGGCUGCUACCAUGACAAGUCAGGAUUCCCAAAUCAACCAGGUAGAGGUGGAGGGAAAGUGGAAUACGUGUGAACAGGGCUUAGAGGGGUACUUCGCGAGUUCAGAUAGCAGUGAGCCCUUGGGGGCUUUGGUGGCAGCUAGCCCAGCUUUGUCCUUGAUAUUGGGGGCGCUUUCUGAGUCUUUCUGGAAAGAGCUGGAACACUUCUUGGCCACGGAGGGGCCAGCUGUGGCCACCACACAGGCCUGGUUGCUGGUGGCUGAGGCGGCCGUGGCUCUGGGGGGUCACAGCCCUGGACGGGCAUUGGGGGCUGAGUGCUGCUGUGGCGUUAGCCCAGACUCGCCUCUGGGCUUCAGGGCCCUUCCGGGUACCCUCAGUUGCCUCUCGGGGACCCAGAGACUCAAGGACAGAGGAGAAGGGUCCAGGAGCCAGAAGGAAUUACACCUGCGGGUCACCUGGGACCCUGGAAACAUGCGGCCAGCCAGCCAGUGGUAUAUCCGCACCAUGUACCUGGGGAUUCAGAGCCAGCGGCAGAAGGAACACCAGCGACGCUUCUACUGGGCUAUGAUGUAUGAAUAUGCAGACGUCAACAUGUUGCGCCUCCUUGAGACCUUCCUGGAGAGCGCCCCCCAACUGGUGCUACAGCUCUGCAUAAUGAUCCAGAAGAACAGCGCCGAGACGCUGCCCUGUGUCUCCUCUGUGACUUCCCUGAUGUCCCUGGCUUGGGUGCUAGCCUCCUAUCACAAGCUGCUGCGGGACUCCAGGGACGACAAGAAGAGUAUGAGCUACAGAGGGGCCCUCAUCCACCUCUUCUGGCGCCUCUUCACCAUCUCAUCCAGAGUUAUCUCUUUUGCCCUCUUUGCUUCCAUAUUCCAGCUCUACUUCGGGAUCUUCGUGGUGGUUCACUGGUGCGCCAUGGCCUUCUGGAUCAUCCAUGGCGGAACAGACUUCUGUAUGUCCAAGUGGGAGGAGAUCCUCUUCAACAUGGUGGUAGGGAUCGUGUACAUUUUCUGCUGGUUUAACGUCAAGGAAGGGCGGACUCGAUAUCGAAUGUUUGCAUAUUAUACGAUAGUCUUGACCGAGAAUGCUGCCUUGACGUUCCUUUGGUAUUUUUACAGAAACCCGGAGACCACUGACUCCUAUGCGGUGCCAGCACUGUGUUGUGUCUUUAUUAGCUUUGUGGCUGGGAUCGCAUUGAUUCUCCUGUCCUUGCCCCUAAUUAAUCAGCGCCUUCUAGGAGCCAAAGUCUGGCUGUUUGAAACUCAAAUGGCUGGAGAAGCUACUUGA